AUGGCUAAAGUUGGAUCUGAUUGGACCUCAACCUUGAAGAAACGCCUAGAUUUCAGGGCUGCAUUUUCAGAAUUUGAUGCAGAAACCGUGGCCAACUUGACUGAUAAGCAAAUGAUGUCUAUUAGUUCUGAAUAUGGCAUUGACAUAAGCAGAGUCCGAGGAGCUGUUGAUAAUGCUAACCAAAUUUUAGAGAUUAAGAAAGACUUUGGCUCAUUUGACAAGUACAUUUGGGGGUUUGUGAAUCAUAAACCACUCUCCACUCAAUACAAGUUUGGCCACAAGAUUUCAGUGAAGACAUCAAAAUCAGAGAGCAUAAGCAAAGACAUGGUGAGGAGGGGCUUUAGGCACUUGCAGUGCACCCUAUUGGCAGCUCGAUCCUUUGUACCAUAGAGCCCUCUCAAUAGACCCAAAUUUCAACUACUACUAUCCAGGAACAAGGACCAACAAGAGAUUAUUGACCCUGGAGAAGAAGAGCUCAAGACAUAAAAA